AUGCAUGGCCACAGCUCCGUCAUUAAUGAUGCUGAAGGGUGCAAUGAGGACUCUGCCAAGGCGGCUGGCCCGCGUGUGUGUCUCGCGCCCUGGGAACGCGCGGCGCCGCGAGGGUUAACGGGGAGGCGGCGAGGCUUCCAAGGCGUGGACUGGCGGAAGCGGCUUCGGCCGCAGCCGGAAGCCGCGCGGUGUGUCCUUAUGAUUGGAUCCCGGGCAGCGGAAGCGCUCUGGCGAGAGAGCGCGGGCCGCAGGCACGGCCGUCCUGCCUCGACUUCCGGCUCCCGAGCGCAGGCGUCGGGAGGCCGGGCGCGGGACGUCUGGGGGAUCCGCGGGAGCCGGAAGUGCCGCGGCGGAAGGCGUUGGGGACUGAACUUCCUCAUCCCAUUUCUGGAUCGCAUCCGCUACGUGCAAAGCCUCAAAGAGAUCGUCAUCAAUGUGCCAGAGCAGUCGGCUGUCUCUCAUGACAACGUGACCCUCCAGAUAGACGGCGUCCUCUACUUGCGGAUCAUGGACCCUUACAAGGCUAGCUACGGCGUAGAGGACCCCGAGUACGCAGUGACCCAGCUGGCUCAGACGACCAUGCGCUCUGAACUGGGCAAGCUCUCCCUCGACAAAGUCUUCCGGGAACGGGAGAACCUCAAUGCCAGCAUCGUAGAUGCCAUCAACCAGGCCUCUGACUACUGGGGCAUCCGGUGCCUGCGGUACGAGAUCAAGGACAUCCAUGUGCCCCCCCGGGUGAAGGAGUCCAUGCAGAUGCAGGUGGAAGCCGAGCGGCGCAAGCGGGCCACCGUCCUGGAGUCGGAAGGAACCCGCGAGUCGGCCAUCAACGUGGCCGAGGGGCAGAAGCAGGCUCAGAUCCUGGCCUCAGAAGGGGAGAGAGCUGAGCGGAUCAACAAAGCUGCCGGGGAGGCCAACGCUCUGCUGGUGAAGGCCCAGGCCAAAGCAGAGGCUAUCCGGCUCCUGGCAGCUGCCCUGGCCCAGCAGAAUGGCGACGCAGCCGCCUCCUUGUCCGUGGCCGAGCAGUACGUGAGUGCCUUCUCCAAACUGGCGAAAGAGGGCAACACCCUCCUCCUGCCCUCCAACACGGGUGACAUCUCCAGCAUGGUGACCCAGGCUAUGGGCAUCUAUGCGACGCUGAGCAAGCCCCAGGUAGCGAAGGGUGGGGAGGCCGCUGCCCCUCCCGCCCCCUGGACACCGCAGCCCCCCAGCACGGAGCACCCCGAGCCCGAUCAGCCGCACACCAGCUGACGGAGGAGCCGGCUGGGACCACCCCGCAGCCCCCUCCGCCCGGUUCAAUUUUAACGUGGAUUUAAUCAUGUAAUAAAAGGAAAUGGCCUGACCACCAGCUGCCUGGCCUAGUGCUGCGAGAGUCCAGCGGGAGGUGGUUUCCCUGGAAGGGGCUGUGGAAUCAGGGCGCCGCUUGAGGGAAGCUGAGAAGGCUGGCAGGAGGGGGGGUGUUGUAGAAAGCAAGGCCUUGCUUCUCGGGGGGGGGGGGGGGGGCAGUACAAGGCGUGUUGGAGACCCCAGCUGGGCUGUGGUAGGUAGCCUCCUGAGGUCUGUCUGCUGGACUGGAGUGGCUUAUUGGUGGUGGUGGUGGGGGGUGCAGCUGGCUUUGCUCCCUGCAGUGAAGUGGGAACACCUCCUAGGCCCAAGGAAAAGAGGAGCCAGGAGUCCUAGCAGGAAGUGGGGUGUGGUGGUGGUGGGGAGCAGAAACUCACUGGAAAGGAACCCAGUGAGAGAAA